GCGACCCGUGGGGUUUCGGCGGGGUGAAUCCCUGGAAGCGCUGCCAACAUUGGCAGCUCAGGCGGUUCAGGUGGUAGCACUCGGGGACCUGAAGCCCCUUCCCUGUAACGCAGUUAUCCCGCUAACUCCAACUGGGUUUAGCUGCCAGCGCACACCCGGGACAGAAGGGCCGCAGGUCGGGGCGGGGGGCACGGCCCUCACCCGCACCCCCCGGCCGCCUGGGAAGGAUCACCCGGCGGAAAAGCCCCGCUCGGGCCGAGCCAAGCCUGCCAGCCGGGGGCAACGGCGGCGGGGCGGGCGAACGCCCACCGGGACCCCCCCGGGCCGCCCGCCCCCCGCGCUGCGGGCCCGGGGCAUGUGCGGCGGCGCGGGCGGCGGGGGAGCGGCGCCCCAGAGCCGCGCCGCGCCGCUUCCUGCCGCUAUAAAUAGCCGCCCGGCCCAACAUGUCCCGGCCGCCGCAGCGGCUGGAGCGCCGGGGGGAGCUGCCGUCCCCUCCCGCCGCGUAGCCCGCCCGGAGCGCGACGCUCUGUCCCGGGCUGGGACGCGCUCCUCCUGCCUGCCGAAGCCGCGCUGGCGGGGCCGGGAUCCCCCUCCCUGCUUCCCCCUCGCUUUCGCUGGGGCCGGGUGUGUGCCCGGGACGGAGGACGGCGCUGGCCUCCGGACGCCGCCGCCGGUCCCUCUUGGCAGCUCCGACCGUGCCUCUCCCGCGCCUCCGAGGAGGUGGCUGAUGGCACCCGUGCCCGUCGCUGCUGCGGCUGUGACACCCCGGCCGGCGUGGCAGGGCGGGGAGGGCCGCGCUGGGGCCGUGGCACACGCCGCCGCCCACGCGUGUGGCACCCGGGAGGGGUGCCCUUGCGGCCACUUGCUCACGCAGGUGUCUGUGUCACACCCUUCCUCCCUCAGUUGCUUUUACCUGCAGCAAAUGUUGAGGUGAACCUUGUAGUUAGGCUCUGUGGUGGGGGCAACCGAAGCAGGUCUGUCCCCUCAGAGCUGGCUCUUACAGGUUUUUUGCAGGAGUCGAGUUUGGUAACCUCGAGUAAACAGUCUUAAAGUUUUAGCUUACUUUCCCCCGUGUUUGCCUCUGCUACUCCAAUGGCUGUGCUUUGUCUUUUAAUAAACACUUUCUGCAGUGCAGGUCCACAACCCUUCUCUGAGAGUAGGUGUUCUUCGUCUGCUACCAUGUGCCCUGCUCCAGCCUCGUAUGCAAAACAAAAGUGAUAACAGCACUUGUCUAUGGCACUAGGGUGUGCUUGUUCCGGAACCCACCAUGAGGAACUUUCAAGUUGCUGUUUUAUUUUUUGAAAUGCUUCCUCAAGGAGGGGGCUGUGACAAGCAGCUGUUCUUAGUUGUCUUGACCUCCAGAGGAUGGGCAGCAUGUCUUGCUCCCUCUGUUUCUGCUCUCUGUUAGUUCCUCCAGGCCCAACCUGGGAGCGCAGCGCAGAGGCCCGAGAGGCCACGUGAAAAAGAAGAGGUCCUCUCAGCCUGCCUGGCCUCCGCAGGGUACCUGUGGCGUGCCCCGCUCAGGAGCCCUCCUGCCCUCGGUGAAGGCAGGCGGGGUGGCAGUGCCGCUGCAGAGGGCCCCGCUCUGGCAGUGCACCUUUCAGGGUGCUGUGGGCACCAGGUGGGCUGAGCUGGCACGUACGUUCCCCCCUGCUGGAGUGGGUGAGGGGAAGGAGCGUGCCAGGAGGAAGCGCAGCUGUUUGAGAGCAGUUCUGCCCGCCGUGCAGCCGGAGCACGUGAGGGGAGGACAGGCGUGGAAAGGGAGAUUUGGGAAGAGAGUAUGAGAAAGAAUCAAGGGGGACAGAGGAAGGCUACAAAUGGAGAGGAAAACCAUUUUGUAUGUACACAGCAGUGUUGUUAAAGAUCUGUUUAGCUAGGACAAGGGCAAAAAUCUAAAAAAUAUGAAAUUGUAUCUCUUGAGUCCCUGUUACUGUUCUUCCAGAAAGCAUUGCUUUUCAUUCAUCCGCUAUUAUGUGUGUCUUUCUGCCUCACUCUUCUAGGCUUUUCAGCACCCUCUGACCUCAAGCUGAGCAGGACAUUGUCCUUAGCAUCUGCCUGUCAAAUAUGUAGUUCUCACUGUAGUAUGUGAAAUUAUUAUUGCCAUAGUUGCCUAAAUUUCAGAGGAAUGUGAAAGGAGAGGCAUGCCAGUUCCUGUGGUUGGCCUUGACUGGAGUGCGAGCUCUUUGGGGCAGGGGCUGUGCCGUGGGGGCUGCGGUUACUCUACACAUUGCCCUUGGCAGCUUUUGGGGUUUCUGUUUCCAGCCCUCUCCCUCCCACCCCUCUUAUGGC